UAUUGUAAUCUUACGACCAAUUGGACAGCACGUGGAAAGUUUAAUAUCUUGUAAAGAUGAAAAAGACCAUUUAUUGUCAUUAAAAUGAAUUUAGUAGAGUGUUAAAUUUUAUUACGGCAAAAAACCUGGCGCCAUCUUUUUUUCUGUUUUCGAUUCUAUCAAAAUUAUUGAAAGAUAUGUUUUACUGGCGAUCAUAUGAAAUUGGAGAGAGUUGACCGGUUGCUAUGGACAGUAACUCAGGAGAUGGGGUCGGGGAUGGAAUGGGGGAUUCUUUUAUGGGGAGUCAAUUUGUUAUGGAGGGUGCAGGAGAUGGAGAGGAAUUAGGAGCCACAGAAAAUGAUGAGGACAACAGGGGAGACAAUGAGCCUCUGAGAGAACAGGAUCGUUUUUUACCCAUUGCAAAUGUUGCCAGAAUUAUGAAGAAAUCUAUACCCAAAACAGGAAAAAUAGCUAAAGAUGCUAAAGAAACCGUACAGGAAUGUGUAUCAGAGUUUAUUAGCUUCAUCACUAGCGAAGCUAGCGAGAGAUGCCACCAGGAGAAAAGGAAAACUAUUAAUGGAGAGGACAUCCUGUUUGCUAUGUCCACGCUGGGGUUUGACAGUUACGUGGAACCACUGAAGCAGUAUCUACAAAAAUAUAGAGAGUCCUCCAAAGGAGAAAAGGGUGUCCCAGCUCUUGGGGCAGAGGGAACUCUUGAUGAACUGGCGGAGGAGUCAUUCUCCCAGACGUUGUCUACAAGUCUGCUGACCAAUGAACAGCCAAAUGCACAGGGUGUCAUCUAUACACAAUACUCUGGAGCGCUUCCUCAGAAUAUGAGCUUUUCCUGAUUGAGGAUUGACCUGUAUGAUAACCUCUCUCUGUGUGUGUUAUAAAGACAGAGCCUUGGAAAGCUUUUAAUUCAGAAGAGGAGAAAAUUAAUCAGACAAGAUGUGUUGUUUUCUUUAUGGAUUGUGACUGUCCUAUACGGAGAUUGUGUGGUGCUAUGUCUCAAACAAGUUACUGGCGAGCUACACUGCGUGUUGCAGCGGCAGCAUUUUCUACAGCUGUUAAUGUAUCAGAUAAUAUCUUGUAAUCUACAAUGAAUAUUUAUUUAAAAAUAAUAAUUUAAAAUCUUUUGAUUGAAUAUGAUUUUUGUUAAUAGGUGUAAUGUUAAU